AAUGUUUUACCACUGUAAAUGUAAAUGUUUUACCAGAUCCAUAAAGGUUUAUCUUAUAAUUAUCUUUGUAAUUGUCUGUUUUGGAGUAUAUCUGUAUCCUUUAAUUGCUAAUAAAACUAUUAAAGCAGACUGACUGCCAGUGUCUCAUUAUUUGAUUUGUAUUUGCCAAUUUUGUUCCAUUUUUGCUCAAUGAUGGUCAAUUAUUAGUACUUAAAAAUGCACUUAAAGAUUAUUUCGAUUUUUUUCAGCAUUUCAAAGUGAGAAAGCUGUGUUCUGACCUGGAGCACAAGAAAAGCUAAAAUGAUGGACAGAAAAAGCCAUUUCCACAAUGAAAAAAACUGUAUGCACAUUUCAUGUACAUUAAAUUAUAUUAUAUUAGGGACAUCUCCACAAUUAUUAAUCAAGAAAAAUAAAAUUCCUUAUGACAAUUAAUAAUUUUCUAAGUCUAACUGUGGAGAUUUUAAGUAAAUUGAGACAGAACUUUUUUAUAUACUUUUUUCAAAUAUUAUUUUUUAUAUACUUUUUUCAAUUAUUAUUUUUUUAGAUCAUAAGUCAUUAAAAUUGGGUGAGAAAUGUAAACGUUAUUUAUGCUUUUUACCCAGAAGAAACACAGCUCCCACAUUUAUUUGUAUUUGUUUAUAGGGCAGUCUUGCCCUGAUCAAUAUGGUGGACGUGUUGACGUAUCGCUGCAACGGGCCAAAGAGGCGUCUAUGUAUUUAUAUGUCCAAGGGAGCAUCCAUGUGCCCUGGUUUUUGCGGUGAAUUGUGGGAUUUUUUUUUUUUAGGACGUGAACGUUCCAGUGCACUGGAAGGAUUUUGCGAUUGAGAUAGCCCUUAAAAUGGCGACUUCCUUGAUCAGUGCCCUGACUACUGAACUAGGGAGCCGAUUGAGACGCACCCUUUAUCAACAUUAAAUCUAACAAGAUACGGAGAAGGUUUAUCCAAAAGUAUAUGUUCUCAUAGUAACUCGGCUGGUUUUAAGAUUUGCAUCGUUUGUGGAACAGAAAUUGACGGAAAUUAGCCGAGCUUGCUGAAAUAAGCCUGGUUUAUCGAAAUAGCUCACUUCGUGGAAUACUCAGGUCACAAUGUAAACAUUAUGCGUCUGAAUAGGGUUUAAGCCAAACUGAAAUGAAGCUGCGAAAUCCUUUUUUUCCUCUUUUCUUUUGCGUUGCUGGUAUAUUCCGCCCUUACACCCUUCUCCCUGCCUCUUAAACCUUCCCAGUCUUUUGUGUGAGGGGCGGGGCAGAGCACCAUGUCAGUUACACACCACACAUAUGCAUACAGCGUGCUCAAAACUGCAUUCGACAGUUAUCCUGCUCACUCCUGCCAAAUUUGUUGCAGUCUGCCGUCUAUAUCCAACCAGCAAAAAAAGGAAUUUUAUCUCCCUCGACUGCUUUGAAGAGUGCACUGGAAAGCAAGCCUGGACAAGAAAGACCACGGAAGACAACUAAAGUGGGUGAUUGCAGAAUUCUUUCCUUGGUGAAGACAAACCCCUUCACAAUACCUCGCCAAGUCAAGAACACUCUUGAGGAGGUCCCCUUUGUGCAGCCAAAACUGCUCUGAACUGUUGAGGCAUGGAUUCCACAAGACCUUUGAAGGUGUGCUUUGGUGUCUGGCACCAGGAUUUUAGCAGCAGAUCCUAGCUUUAUUGGAGGUGCUGUAAUCAAAUGGAGGCUGAAAUGAGUAGACUGCCUGUUUUGGGAGGCUUAUCUGUUUGUGGAAGGAUGCUGUGUUGAAGUCUAUGUUCAAGCAUUCCAUCAUCAUCAGCAGCACACAGUUCUGCCAUUCAUUGCAGUAGCCCUGGACUCAGAGAAGGAACCUUGCAGGAACAAAGGAAUGUUAUGCAUUCCAUAAGCUUCUGAAUGUUCUUGAAGGUAGUAAAUUUAGUAAGUAGCGGCAUAAGGAUGGCAAGUGAGGUAUGGCACUCUUUCUCAGCAUGUGCCCUUUUCCUCCUGACCAUCUUUUACAUGGCUGCUUCAGUGCAAAGAGCUGAGGAUGAUGUCACACCACGCUUAAGCUUUGUAUACGAUACAGAGGACAGGCCAGCCAAGAGGUUUUCACCUGCUGGAGUGUUCAACUUUACCUCUCUGCUCCUGAGUCCAGAAGAUAACACACUAUACAUAGGUGCACGAGAAGUUCUGUUUGCACUUAACCUCAAUGAUAUCAGCAGAGGGCAACUGCACCGCAACUUCACAUGGAGCACACCAGAAAGAAAACGGGAAGAAUGUAGCUUUAAAGGCAAAAAUCUACACACGGACUGUUUCAAUUAUAUUAAGAUUUUACUGCGUGUAAACACCACUCAUCUGUAUGUCUGUGGAACGUAUGCCUUCAGCCCCAUGUGCGCACACAUUAACACAGUGGAUUUCUCUUUGGUGCGCAGCAGUACGGGAGAGAUUGUGAUAGAGGACGGACGCAGUCGCUGUCCUUAUAAUCCUGAAUAUAAAUCCACUGCCAUCAUGGCCGGUGGAGAUUUGUAUGCUGCUACAGUCAGUAAUUUUCAAGGGAAUGAGCCCAUCAUUUACAAAAGCCUUGGUCAGGGCACUACCCUAAAGACAGAAAACUCAUUGAACUGGCUUCAAGACCCAGCUUUUGUAGGCUCUGCUUUCAUCCAGGAGAGCCUCCCAAAAGGCAAUGCAGUGGGUGACGACGAUAAAAUCUACUUCUUCUUCAGUGAAGCAGGGAAAGAAUUUGAUUUCUUCGACACCACUAUUGUUUCACGUAUUGCUCGUGUGUGUAAGGGUGAUAAGGGUGGAGAGAGGGUCCUGCAGAAGAAAUGGACCACCUUUCUGAAAGCCCAGCUCCUCUGCUCAUUGCCUGAAGAUGGCUUCCCUUUUAACAUCAUUCAAGACAUGUUUGUCUUGACACCCAGUAAGGAGGAUUGGAAGAACACUGUGUUCUAUGGUGUUUUCACCUCUCAGUGGUACAAAAGGGCAUCGGGCAGCUCAGCUGUGUGCACCUUUACCAUGAACCAAGUGGAGGAGGUGUUUAAUGGUCGUUAUCGGGAGGUUAACAGGGAAACACAGCAGUGGUACACCUAUAAUCACCCAAUCCCAGAACCCAGACCUGGAGCGUGCAUUACUAAUGCAGCUCGGGCUCAGGGUAUUUUCUCCUCACUGCACAUGCCGGAUAAGGUGCUGAACUUUGUGAAGGACCACUUCUUGAUGGAUAGUGUGAUUCGCAGCCAACCGUUGCUGGUUAAACGCAACGUGCGUUAUAUUCAAAUCAUUGUGCAUCAUGUGCAGGCUGUACACAGGGCCUACAAUGUGCUUUUUUUGGGUACAGAUGACGGCAGACUUCACAAAGCCAUUAACUCCAAGGGCAAGAUGCACAUCAUCGAGGAGCUGACACUUUUUCUAGAACCACAGCCUGUGCAGCACAUCAAGCUAGAUGCUGAAAAGGGUGUGUUGUAUGUGUCCUCUUACUCCGGACUGGUGGAGAUUCCUGUUGCUAACUGCUCCAACCACCAGAGCUGUGGGGAGUGUAUACUCACAAGAGAUCCUUACUGUGGCUGGACAGCCGGACAGUGUGUGGAUGUCAGGCAGGCAUCAUCUAAAAGUAAAAUUCUGCAAGAUAUAGAAGAUGCCAAUACAGCUACAUGUAAUGAGGCCCUGCCCAGGUCCCACUCUGCACAAAUUCCAUCCACACGUAUUCAUCCAUGUCAAGUGAUCAGAAUCCCAGUGAACACAUUUCAAGUGCUGCCAUGUACGUUGCGCUCUAACCUGGCUGAAAGACACUGGGAGUAUAGCAAGGGUGCUGGGCGCUUUCUCUAUCCAAGCUCUGAUGGGGGGCUAGUAGUAGUGGCCCAAACAGACAGGGAGGAAUCCUAUGAAUGCUGGUCAGUAGAAAAGGGCUUUUGGCAGUUAAUGGCCAAUUACUGUGUGAAGGCAGAACCACAACAUGACGGCACCACCCUGAUUGGUAGCUCUCACACCCCCCUGGUGCCCAAGGAGGAGCCAAUGAUCCUUCCAGGUGAAGCUCGCUCAUCACUGAUGGAGACCAAAACCUACUGGAACGAGCUGAUUGUGGUAUGCACACUGCUAGGCUUCUCCCUCCUUGUCUUUUCUUUGUUUGUAAUCUACCGGAAUAGGGACCGCAUGAAAUCCAUGUUAAAGCAGAGCGAGUGUCCCAACAUGCAGCAGAAAAAGGGACGAAUGUCAGGAAAGCCCACUGAAAGUCUACCACUGAAUGGCAACAACAUCCCGUCCUCAGUGUCAGACCACAAGGGCUACCAAACACUGCAUGAUAAUUACGCUUGCAGUACACCAACACAAGAGUGUUCUUCACCUGAGAACAGCAAAAGUUUCUCAGAAUCAGAACAGCGCCCAUUGCACCUGAAAGACACCCAUGUAGAGAUAUCGCCCACCUGCCCACGUCCUCGAGUACGGCUCGGCUCAGAGAUCAAAGAUUCCAUCAUUUGAGACUACAUGCAAAUGACAACUUCAGUGACAAUGUAGUGAAGUGGAGGGAAUUGAUAGUGACACAGGACACACAGCAAAGACUUGAAACCCAUUUCUGUUGAAUGUUUAAUACAAUAUUUGUAUUUAUUUGCAGUUUGUUCCCUACACAUGUCUUAGUGAAUCACACAUUCUCUCAGUCAAUGAUAGCAUGUAUUUCAUGGGGCAAAAAUGAGAGAAGAGCAAACCUAUGACUCUCAGAGCAGCAUUAAAGCUAGAUAAUCCCAGGAAUAUGAUGUGCUGAUGUAAUACAAUGGAACAUUUGCCAUCUAUUCUGUCCACAUCAUCUGUUGGCAUCCCUGUUAGUUAUGAGAUGCCCUCAGGGAUUACUAUCCUGACAACCUCCCAUGAACCUUACUUAUGCCAUUUAAUGAUUAAUUUCACCACUGCAGGGUAUCAAAAGUCUUGUAAACCAGCAUAGAUAGUGUACUUGGUACAAUGUGAACAAGCUUUGAUUAAAAAGCCUCAUGAUAUAUAUUUAAGGCUGGAGUACAUCAUCAUGACCUCAGUACAAGUCAUUUGUACAAUGCAAAGCACUGGGAAUUUAUCAGGAAUUGUAUCUCCGUUUAGAAAAGCCAGCAUUGGCACAUGGCCACAUCUUCAGUACUGCCUCUCCAAGCAACACACAUACAAUCAAGCAUUAAAGUAAGAUUGAGGUAAUGUGGUACAGUGAGAUUAUAUUAGUGAAAAGUGUGAACAGGACCUAAGAAGGCAUAUGGUACAGGCAGAGCAUUAUGAGAAAUGAAGGCAGAAAAAGAAAACUUCAAGGACCUAAGAGUUGGAGGACUUCAUAGCCCAUGCUUAUCCUCUAUAAUCCUUAACACAACAAUGCUAGGGAUGAAAUAGGAAACUUGGGAGGUAGGUCAUGUAGACACUGGUGGUGACCAGUGUCAAUAAUAUUAUACCCAUUUAAAGAAUCUAAUCUAUAGUCCAUUGUGCCAAAAUUUCUUAGUGUAAAUUAAUGAUUGUAUUGCAAUUUGGCACAAAAGGGUGUUGUAUUUAAAAGGACUGAAAUAACAUAAAAUGUGAAUUGAACAACCUUUAAGUUCAAAGGGAAAAAUCAUCAUUCUUGCGGGCAAAAUUUGUAGAGAUCAUUUUGGACUGCAUUUCUUUGUGAUGUUUUCCAAAAUGUAAACAGAGAUGGUUGAAAAUUCAUCCUGUAUCUUCAGUUGCUCAACUGAUAGUAGCAUAUGAUAACAAUACACCACCACAUGUAUAUUUAGAGUCAAAAUGUUUUCAUGGUUGAAAAUGCCUUUUAAGUGAUUCUUGAACAUUGGGGCCUGAUAAUCUUCCAAAGAUAGACAUGCUGUUGCACCACUUUGAAUAUAUAAUGUAUAAAACUCAAUGUCAUUUCUCUUGUAAGAGCAUGCAAACAUUUGUUUCAUGGAUUGUAGUGACAGAUUCACAGAAAGUAUUCCAAAACUUAAUUAUGUAAGAAAAAUGUCUCGUUUAUUUUUCCUAAAUGUUUAUGAAUGACUUUGAUAUGUUUUGCAAAAAAUAACCAUCCAAUAUGUGUGCUACUGUACUACUGAUUGAUUGCCAUUGUGGUAAUGGGUGUAUAUGUAUAAAAUAUUCCCACAGAAUGUUAAUGUAUAAUGGGGCUGUUAAUGUCCCAGUUAAUGUAAAAAUGCGGCUGCCAUAAAUUUGUUGACAGUUCUGUUGCAAGAAUCUGCAGAUUGGUCAAGAAGUUGGUGUUUCCUGUGGUAUGAAACACAUCCUCGUAGAUUUUUUUAUGGCUGUGCACAAUCAUGUAAAAAGACAUCAGAGCUCACCUGCAUGCCUCCUAUGGUGUGUAUGCUCCACGAUCAAGAAAGGAAAAGUAAAAGAAUUCAAUGUAGCAAAUGCCUUAGGACCGGACCAUCAGUAAUAAUCACAAAAUAGCUUAUAUGAUGUGGUACAUUAAUCAUUUGGUCAUAUAUGAAUGCAUUAUUAUGAAUGUUCAUUUGCAAAACUGUCCACAAAUACACAAUAAUCUCUAACAUUACUCCAAAUUUAUGUAAUAUUUUAAGCUCAGCAUAAGGUGUCUACUUUCAUGACCAUUUCACUAUAUAGCUAUACUAAAGUAUAUUCAAUCUGAGCCAGUGGAUCAUCAGUGUGUUUUGUUUUGUUUUUUUUUUUUUGGUAGUAAAGUAUUAACUUUUUAAUAGAUUUCACAUAGAGAUUCUAAUAAAUGUACAGUGGCCUGGGGAAACUUUUCACAUUGUGUAAUUUUGACAUGUUCUAUUACAUAUGGUUCAGAGGAUUCAGAUUUUCCACAUCUGAAAUGUUUCUUUUUUUUUUUUUUUUUUUUUUUUUUUUUUUUUUUUUAACAUAUAUCUCAACCAUAAGUGAAAUUGAAGCAUUUUAAGUAUAAAGGGAGAAAAUUGUAUUCAAACAUUCCAUUCUGACUACGGUGCAGGAGCAUCACAGACAUUUUGACAGCUGGUAUAUGAUUACAAACUGAAUUGAUUCGUCCUUUUCACUAUGAAGCUAUCCAACAAAUUGAUGAAACCAUGACAUGCACUGUGCAUGAAAAUCACACACUUUAGACAUUUUAUUCAGAAUGGCUGUUUUUUCCAUGGCAUUUGGAAAAUGAACGGCAGAAAAACCCAAUUUAGCAUUUUUUGGGCUGUUUGCUAGGAUUCAGCCACAGAGACAUCCUAUGGCUUUUCCCAGACCACCACACAAAUGUUUUCUGUCUUCUGACACUGGCUGUUAACUUAUGUGUGAGCAAAAUAUGGCAUAACAUUUAUAUCAGUUAAUUUAUCAUCUCUGUGACAGAAAAAAAUUGGCAAGUUUGAAAUUGAUUUAUUCUAGUUAGAGAUGUUAGACAGAUGUCACCAAUUAGAUUCACAUUUACUAGCCAUAAUCACACUAUUUGUUCUAAUUUGUUAUAAAAUAAUUCAGUAUGUAUCCUGGAUCCUGAAUUUAGUUGACGCACAGUUCCAACAGCUUAUGAAGAAAAUGUUAAAAGCCCUAUUAAAAAUGGAUUCUUUUAAACAAAAUUGUCACAAUUUUUAGCACCCCCUAUAAUGUUACCAUUUAUAUUUUACUUAUUUAAAUUUACUUGAGUGUUUAGGAAUUCUUAAGUAGUCAUCCAUGACUUCCUGGUUCACUGGGAUAUAAACAUGGUGAAACAGAAGGUGAAUAAUGAAAAUAAGACAAAUUACCUUAUGAUUACCUCACCAACUUUUCCUCAAGAAAAUUGAGUGUUAUCUCUAUAAAUUAAUCAAUAGAUAUUUUAAAAAGCUAUACGUCUAAAAAUACCUCCCUGGGACAGAAUGCAAGUGUGUUUUGCCCCCACAUGCAAUGAGGGUUAGAGAGGCAAAAUUAUCUUCAAGGAUCACCAUUGGAAGGUGGUAGCAUUUUGUGGACACAAAGUCUUCAUGCCAAUAAACUUUACUCAACAAAAAAGAAAUGUCCCUUUUUCAGGAGUAAAAUCCAAAUAAACUUUACAGAUCUUUAUUUGAAAGGGUUUAAACAAUGUUUUUCAUGCUUGUUCAGUGAACCAUGAACAAUUAUUGCACAUGCACCUGUGGAACAGUCCUUAAGAAACUAACAGUUUACAGGUGGUAGGCAAUUAAGGUCACAGUUACAAUAACCUGGGACACUAAAGAGACCUUUCUACUGACUCUGGAAAAACACCACAAGAAAGAUGCCUAGGGUGCCUGCUCACCUGCAUGAACAUGCCAUAGGCCUGCUCCAGGGAGGUAUGAGGACUGCAGAUGUGGCCAGAGCAAUAAACUGAAUGUAAAGUAAGUAAUAUAAGAAGCCUAAGACAGGGAGACAGGAAGGACACCUGAUCGUCCUUGCAGUCGAAAAUUACAUGUAACCAUUUGUCCUCCCAGAUGUGAUCGAGAACUUUCAAAUGCCUUGGUGGAAGUGUGGGGUAACAUCUCACGGCAAGAACUGGCAAAUCUGGUGCAGUCCAUGAGGGUGAGAAGCACUGUAGUACUUAAAGCAGCUGGUGGCCACACCAGAUACUGACUGUUACUUUUGAUUUUGACCUUCCCCCCAUUUGUCAGGGGCUCACUAUUCCAUUUCUGUUCAUCAAAUGUCUGUGAAACUUGUUCAGUUUAUGUCUCAGUUGUUGAAUCUUCUUAUGAUUAUACAAAUAUUUACACAUGUUAAGAAAUUUGCUGGAAAUAAAAGCAGUUGAAUGUGAGAGGAUGUUUCAUUUUUUGCUGAGUAUAUUUGGAAUUUAUGCAAGAAGAAAGACUUUUCUUGUAAUCAAAAGUAAGUGCCUAGAGUUUGCUAAGCAUGACUAGAACUGAGUUCUAUGGUCAGGUGAUACAUAAAUAGAGCUUUUUGGCAAGGUGGGUUUGGUGUAAAAAGAAGGAUGGAUAUACAAGAAAAACCCAAUCCCCAGAAUUAAGGUUUUGAUAUGGACAUCUCAGUCUGACCUAAACAACAUAAAAAACUUUCAACUGAAAAAGAGAAUCCACUAGACAGGAAGGAAGAACCUGGAGGAUGUGGACAAAUUCUGUAUUCAGGAAUGGUCUUAAUUUCCUUGUGCUGUAUUCUCAGAAUAUCAACAACACUGUUAGACUUUGCUGUAAUUUUACAGUUACUUACUGCAAAAAAAAGCCCAGUAAAAUACCCUAUAUAUUAUU